CAUUUUUAGCUCUUCUAUCUCUCCCAAAAAUAUCUAAAUUUGAAUCCAAUCAGUAAUCAAAAGAAACCCUAUUUCAAAGUUUGAAUCUUUUCUUGAAUUCUGGGGUUUAUUCUCCUCGUUUACUUCUUCAAUGGCUCCUACACCAAAGAAUCAGAUAACCCCAUCUCCAUUAUCAAAAUUGUAUCAAUGCCAUGUUGUUAAUUCAAGAACCCCACAAUCGAAACAUCGUUUAAACUUCACUACAACAGCAAAAGAAGGGCCACCUCCAGAGCACCCGGUUGAGGUUAUAGGUCGUAUUCGUGAUUACCCUGAUAAUAAAAAGGACAAAUUUCUAUCAGCAUUACAAGUAAACUCAGAUCAUCGGUCCUUACGCGUUAGGACUGACAUAGGGUGUAGAGAUUUUACACUUGAUGGCGUGUCGUUGUCUGAAGAAGAGGAUCUUGAUGAGUUUUAUAAGAAAUUUGUGGAGUCAAGAAUUGAUGGAGUGAAAUUAGGUGAUAAAUGUACAAUAAUGAUGUAUGGACCAACUGGUGCUGGUAAAAGUCAUACUAUGUUUGGGAGUGUUAAGCAGCCUGGUAUUGUGUAUAGGUCAUUGAAGAAUAUAUUGGGUGAUGAGAAUAGUGAGAAAGUUGGUGUUGGCACAUUUGUUCAGGUUACUGUUUUGGAGAUAUAUAAUGAGGAAAUUUAUGAUUUGUUAUCGACGACUAAUAGUGGUGGUGGAUUUGGUUUUGGUUGGUCUAAAGCCAGUGCUUCUAAGGUGAAGCUGGAAGUUAUUUGCAAAAAAGCAAAAAAUGCAACUUUUAUCUCGGGGACUGAAGCUAUAAAGAUAUCGAAAGAGAUCCAGAAAGUGGAAAAGAGAAGAAUCGUAAAGAGUACCCUGUGUAAUGAGAGGAGCUCUCGGAGCCACUGCAUGAUAAUCCUUGACGUUCCAACAGUGGGAGGGCGACUGAUGCUUGUGGACAUGGCUGGUUCUGAGAAUAUUGAACAAGCUGGUCAAACUGGUUUGGAAGCAAAAAUGCAGACUGCGAAAAUAAACCAGGGAAACAUUGCAUUGAAGAGGGUUGUUGAAUCAAUUGCAAAUGGCGAUUCUCAUGUUCCGUUUAGAGAUAGCAAGUUAACAAUGCUCCUACAGGAUUCUUUUGAAGACGACAAAUCUAAAAUUCUCAUGAUAUUGUGUGCGAGCCCGGAUCCUAAAGAACUCCACAAGACAAUCUCUACUCUAGAGUAUGGCGCCAAAGCGAAAUGUAUUGUCCGUGGCCCUCAUACGCCGUUGAAGGAGAAAGGUUCAGAAGAUUCUUCCUCAUCGGCAGUUAUUUUGGGAUCAAGGAUUGCCGUUAUGGACCAGUUUAUCUACAAGCUUCAGAUGGAGAACAAGCUGAAAGAGAAAGAGCGUAAUGAAGCUCAGAAAGAGCUUAUGAGGAAAGAAGAAGAAAUUGCUACACUGAGGACCAAACUUGAGUUAGUACAAGGAAAGGGAACGGAGAUAACUGAGGAGGAGAUCAAUGUUAAAGUGAACGAGCGAACUCAGAUGUUGAAGAGUGAGUUGGAAAAGAGGAUACAAGAAUGUCAGAAAAUGGCAAAUGAAAUUGUUGAAAUGGAAAGGAGGAAGAUGGAAGAAAGAAUGUUCCAGCAGCAACAAGAAUUUGAAAUGCUACGGAGGCGCUUGGAGGAGAUGGAAGCUGAGCUUCGCCGCUCUAGGGCUGAAAGUGGAUCAUCAGUACAAGUGGAGGAAAAUACUUUCGCGAAAAGACUGCAGGAUAUUUACUCUGAAGAUGCUGCAGGAAUGGUAAAAUCUAUGGAUUUGGACAGAUCAAUUGAUAUGGACAACGGAAAACGUGAUAUACUGGUAUAUAAACCUGAAGGUGGUAACACUUUUCAAGCAAUCUUGGGCUAUCCCAACAUAGGCAAUUCAGGAGAAGUUGAAGAUCCUGCUGUCAAUCUUGGGUUGCCACAUUUCGCCAAUAAAGCUAGCCUGAGCACUGUAUUUGAAGAGGACGAAGAAGGUGAUGGUGAAUUGGAGGUGCAGAAGGAGGUCAUUGAGGAAAAAAGAAUAUGUUCGGGUCUGCUAAAUCAUGACACGAGUUGUUUGAGACCAGUUCCUGAUGAUUUCAGUGAUUUAUCAAAGGACACCGAUGUUUGUAUGGGUGCAGCGCCUUCUAGAAAAGUGCUUAUUGAGAACAUCUUCACACUCUGUGGAAAUUAUAGAGAGCUUUCUCAUCAUAGUAUAAGUCCAGCGAAACAUGCAGAGAAGAAUGUUAACGAUGCUGAUUUCUCAUCACCUACAGUUAAGACAAUCGGAGCUGCAAAAGAUUUUCAUACUCCAUCAGUAGGUUUCUCCAAGGAUCAUUCGCCAUCAGUUUAUCCCGAGACUAUAAAAAAGUCAUCAGUAAAUCAGACGAGAAUGUUUAAGAGCUCUUAUGAUUCAAAGGAGAACUUCAACCCUACUGGUCUAUUAACUCCACAGUCAGUUAUCAAAGAAGUCGCUACUGGACUUUCUCCCAAAGUAGGAGAACAUCUAAGUAGAACACCGUUUGUAACGGUGAAAAGAUAUGUCAAUAACUCUUAGUUGAUAUGUAUAUGUUUGAUUUUGUGUGAAUCAUGUAUGUAAUCUCACGUGACAUUCUGAUAUUUUGCUCUUGAGUACAUUGCAUAUGUACUCGUAUGGGAUUAACUUAGUGAUUCAGACUUGAGUUUGAUUAA